AUGUGCCCAAACCUGUCCGCCACAGUCACGACGCGACGUGGGCAUUGGACGGCAGCUACGCACGAACGCAGACUCCUCUGCCAGUCGGAUUUGCUUGUCUCUCCACAACAACCAGCUGCGGCAGUUACCAGAAUUGUCGCUACAUCAGCACCGACGCGUGACCCUCUCCAAUCGUCCUCCUCCUCCUCGUCCUUCUCCUCCUCCUCCUCCUUCUCCUCCUCGUCCUCUUUCUCCAACUCAACCGAGGGUGUGCAUCCGAGUCUGUCAGUCUCUACGCGCCAAUCGGCACACGUACAGCUUUUGCGUGCUGUACGGAGUUGCAGACAAAUCGAUAGUCCCCAGGGCUUUCUGUGUGCUGCUGACUUGCCGCAAUCUACAGACCGGUUGCCAGGUGACUUCGAGGCCUCAGAGACGGCUCUGCCUCAGACAGGCCUACUCCGCCUGACUGCUCAAACCGCGACGUUGCCAAGUGCCGCGAGCCUGCAACACUCCAUUUCCAUACGUCGUCAUCCCUUUUCCUCCUUUUCCUCCUUUUCCUCCUUUUCCUCCGUUCGCCUCCGUUCGCCUCCGUUCGCCUCCGUUCGCCUCGGUCCGUCCGACCUGAUCAGCUCAACAGCCGCGCUGGGAUUUUGUCCGUCCGUGCCGCCGGUUGCCAGCCCAUGA